AUGAACGGCUUAGUCCUCGAUAACAAUCGCUUAUUGAUCAGCGUCAUUCUCUCAAUCACCCAAUCAGGUUUCGGGUUCGCCGAUGUGGAACAACUGGUUCGUGUACGUGACAAUACCGUAUUUCGAAUUGCCAGUAUCAGCAAAAGUUUCACCUCACUUCUUGUCGGUCGUCUGUUCGAUCAACACAAACUGGCCGAGGAUGAUGAUGUGCGUAUUUACGUCCCGGAAUUUCCACAAAAAAUGAUUGAUGGGAAAUAUGCGAAAAUCCCAAUCAGAUCCCUUCUGAAUCAUACCAGUGGAAUUCGAAGUUACCACAAAGCAGCCGAAGGUAAAGGCCAAUCGGUAAGUUGA